GUUUUCUUGCUAUCUCCCCCAAAAUACCAACGUGAUCUCGCGAGAACUAGAAAAGAACACAGGAAGAAAAUGGCUAUGCUAAAGAGCCAAGGUCAGCUGCAGUUUGAGGAUAAAUGGCCUUCCAUGCGCCCCACUGUACUCAAACUGCUCAGACAAGAACCUGUGACAAGGGCAGAAUGGCAAGAUUUAUUUUGGUCUGUCCAUUCAGUUUGUUUGUGGGAUGACAAAGGACCUAAUAAGGUACAUGAGGCAUUGCAGACAGAUAUUCUAGAGUUCAUUAAACAGGCGCAGACAAGGGUACUCCAACAUCAGGAGGACUCUGCGUUAUUGAAAGCCUACAUAGCAGAAUGGAGUAAAUUUUUUGCGCAAUGUGAUUAUCUUCCAAAGCCCUUUGGCCAGCUAGAGAGUUCUCUCUCAGGGAAGCCACACAGCACAAUACAGAAAAAAAAUCAAGGGGAAGAAUCUAUAGUCAGAAAAUUAAUGUUAGAUAGUUGGAACCAGAGCAUUUUCUCCAACAUCAAACACAGGCUACAGGGAAGUGCUAUGAAAUUGGUGCAUGCAGAAAGAAAUGGGGAGGCAUUUGACUCGCAGCUAGUGAUUGGAGUCAGAGAAUCUUAUGUCAACCUGAGUUCAGAUGCUGAAGACAAACUAAAAAUAUACAGAGACAAUUUUGAAAGAGCCUAUUUGGAUGCAACAGCUUCUUUCUACAAAGCCAAGGCUCCACAAUAUCUAGAUGCCAAUGGAGUUCAGAAUUACAUGAGAUAUGCAGAGAUGAAACUGAAGGAAGAAGAACAAAGGGCACAGAGAUACUUGGAAACUAGGAAGGGUUGCAACUCUGUAGCUGCAUUGACAGAAUGCUGUGUAAAUGCCCUAGUGACUGCUUUUAAAGAAACCAUACUAGCAGAAGGACCAGGGAUGAUAAAGAGAAAUGAGACAGAAAAACUCCGUUUGAUGUUCAGUUUAAUGGACAGAGUACCAGAUGGUAUCCAGCCAAUGUUAUGUUACUUAGAGGAACAUGUGAUCAAUGCUGGACUGGCAGAUAUGAUGGAUGCUGCCGACACCAUUACCACAGACUCUGAAAAAUAUGUUGAACAACUGCUUGCCUUGUUUAACAAGUUUAGUGAGCUUGUUAGUGAAGCCUUUGGAGAUGAUCCAAGAUUCUUGACUUCCAGAGACAAAGCCUACAGGGAAGUUGUGAAUGAUACCAAAAUAUUCAAACUGGACUUACCAGUGAAAAACAAAGGGGUUGGCACCAAAACGCAACCAGAAUCAAAAUGCCCAGAGCUGCUGGCAAACUACUGUGAUAUGUUGUUAAGAAAGACACCUCUCAGUAAAAAGCUCACUUCAGAGGAGGUAGAAAGGAAAUUGAAAGAUGUACUUUUAGUCUUAAAGUAUGUACAAAACAAAGAUGUCUUCAUGCGAUACCAUAAAGCUCACUUAACAAGAAGGUUGAUUCUAGACACCUCCGCAGAUAAUGAGAAAGAAGAAAACAUGGUGGAAUGGUUGAGGGAAGUUGGUAUGCCAGCUGAUUAUGUAAAUAAACUAGCUAGGAUGUUCCAAGAUAUUAAAGUCAGUGAAGAUUUAAACACUGAAUUCAAAGAAGCUCACAGAAACAACAAUGAAGGAAUUGCAGAAUCUAUAAACAUAAAGAUAUUGAAUGCUGGUGCUUGGGCUAGGAGUAGUGACCGUGUUUCUGUGUCCUUGCCCAUGGAGCUAGAAGACUAUAUACCUGAAGUGGAAGAAUUUUACAGACUAAAACACAGUGGAAGAAAACUACAAUGGCAUCAUCUCAUGUCAAAUGGCAUUAUAACAUUUACAAAUGAAGUAGGGAAAUUUGAUGUGGAAGUGACCACAUUUCAAAUGGCCGUCCUAUUUGCUUGGAACCAGAGGUCCAAGGAGAAGAUUACGUAUGAAAAUUUGAAACUAGCAACUGAACUUCCAGACUCUGAACUCAGGAGAACACUAUGGUCUUUAGUGGCAUUUCCAAAGUUAAAAAGACAGGUGCUUUUAUGUGAACCCGAGGCUAAAUCUCCGAAAGACUUCGGAGAUAGCACAUUGUUUCAUGUUAACCAGCAAUUCUCUCUUAUAAAAAAUGGCAAAGUACAAAAACGUGGUAAAAUCAAUGUUAUUGGUCGACUGCAACUGUCUACAGAGAAGAGUAAAGAAGAGGACAAUGAAGGAAUCGUACAGCUGAGAAUACUCAGAGUUCAGGAAGCAAUUGUUAAAAUCAUGAAGAUGAGAAAGAAAAUAACAAAUGCAGCACUUCAGACUGAACUGGUUGAAAUCCUUAAAAAUAUGUUUUUGCCAUCAAAGAAGAUGAUAAAAGAACAAAUAGAGUGGCUUAUUGAACACAAGUAUAUGAAGAGGGACGAAGACAACAUCAAUAUGUUUAUUUAUAUGGCAUGAUAACUGCUUCAACAUACCACUUCAUAGACUUUUUCUUUCAUUUAUAACUAUGACUGGCUAAGAGUUAACUUCUGCACUCAAUGUUUUACUUAUUAUACUAUUUUCUUCCCAUAUCAAUCAAUGACGCAGGGCUGCCAUAUUGUGACAAAUUGCCUCAACAAUGACCACAGGAUAUUUAUUCAUUUACCAAAAUAUUUUGAAGACAACAAAGAUGUGGAUGUUGAAUUUUCCAUGCCUUACUUAAUUUUUUAUCUAUUUUGAGGUUUUAAUAUUAUAUUAAUACCAUGUUGUCACAAAACCAUGGAUAGGCAUGGAAUCCUUUUUAUAAUUCUCAUAAUGUAUGGUUGUGAGUCAGGGAUUGCUCCCUACUCUGGCAGCUACUGUCAUUCUUUUCAUACCAGCAUUUUAACCAUCAGCUGUAAGAUCUUUUAUAUUCCAGAGCAUGUAUUUUUUUCAUUGUAUUAAAAUGUCUUUGCUUGAAUAUGACACUAAAUGGACCUAAUAAGCUAUGCUAAAUCAAGACACUCAGGUGUUUCAUCUGUUUGUUGAAUUGUGGUAUGUUAUUGUUUCAUGCCUAACUUAUCUAUUCAGAAAUAACUGCAAGCCACAUUGUUUAUCUAUUCAGGGACAUAUCAAACUGUUUAACAGUAAGAUGACUUGGUUGGUAUUUAAGUUUCACAAAUACCCUUCAUGUAAAGAUGGAAAGUAUGUCAGCCUAUUUAUUUAAACUUUCUUUUUAAUUUCACACAGUAUGAAGACAAACUGAUUAAAUUGUGAAAACUGA